AUGAGACGCUUAACAGUCAGCUGGGUGUCUCGUCAACCCAUUGCGCUCCUCGGCUUAGAUCUCCCACUUGCAUUCUUCGCACUCCUUCGCUAUAACAACAUGGCGCACGGCGUGGAACAGUGUCGAGCGGCCUUGCAGGAAUGUCCUCCUGGCCAUCCUCGUCGAUCUGCGUGUCUCAGCAACCUUGCCAGCAGCCUUCGAAACAGCUUCCAGCAGCGGGGUAUCCCUUCUGACCUUGAUGAAUCCAUUGAGCUCCAUCGAGCUGCACUGGCACUCCCCUUCGGGACAGAUUCCAGCAACGGAGUAUCCCCUUCUGACCUGAAUGAGUCCAUCGAGCUCCUUCGAGUUGCGCUGGCACUCCGUCCCCUAGGUCAUUCUCGUCGAUCGUCGUCUCUCAACAAUCUUGCCAUCAGUCUUGGAUACAGAUUCCAGCAGCAGGGUGUCCUGUCUGACCUGGAUGAGUCCAUUGAGCUCCUUCGAGCUGCACUGGCACUCCGUCCCCCGGGCCAUCAUCAUCGAUAUUCGUCUCUCAACAACCUUGCUAUCAGUCUUGGAUACAGAUUCCAGCAGCGGGGUGUCCUGCCUGACCUUAAUGAAUCCAUUGAGCUCCUUCGAAUUGCACUGAUGCUCUGUCCACCCGGCCAUUCCGAUCGAUCCUCGUCUCUCAACAACCUUGCCAUCAGCCUUGAAUACAGAUUUCGGCAGCGGGGUGUCCUUUCUGACCUGGAUGAAUCCAUUGAGCUCCAUCGAGCUGCACUGGCACUCCGUCCUCCAGGCCAUUCUCAUCGAUCCGCAUCUCUCAGCAACCUUGCCAUCAGCCUUAGGGACAGAUUCCAGCAGCAGGGUGUCCUGCCUGAUCUGGAUGAAUCCAUCGAGCUCCAUCGAGCUGCACUGGCGCUCUGUCCCCCGAGUCAUUCAGAUCGAUCCUCGUCUCUCAACAAUCUUGCCAUCAGUCUUAGAUACAGAUUCCAGCAGCGGGGUCUCCUUUCUGACCUGGAUGAGUCAAUUGAGCUCCACCGAGCUGCACUGACACUCUGUCACCCCGGUCAUUACGAUCGGUCUUCGUCUCUCAACAACCUUGCCGUCAGCCUCAGGGACAGAUUCCAGCAGCGGGGUGUCCUCUCUGACCUAAAUGAGGCCGUUGAGCUCAAUCGAGCUGCAUGUAUGCUAUGUCCCCCCGGCCAUUCUGAUCGAUCUUCUUCUCUCCACAACCUUGCAAACACCCUUCAGGCCAGGUUCCAGCGGCAGCUUAUCCUUUCUGAUCUGGAUGAGUCUAUUGAGCUCCAUCGAGCUGCACUGGUAUUCCUUCCCCCCGGCCAUUCUGAGCGACGAAAGUCGCUCAAUGACCUUGCCAUCUGCCUGCCAUCUGCCUUGGAGACAGAUUCCACCGGCAGAAUAUGCUCUGUGACCUGGAUGAGUCUAUUGAGUUCCAUCGAGCUGCCCUGGCGCUUUGUCCCCCUAGCCACUGUGAUCGAUCCUCGUUUCUCAACGAUCUUGCCCUCAGCCUUCAAACCAGAUUCCAUAGGCAUGGUGUAUCAUCGUCUAUCUCAUGCAGUCUCUCGUAGCGAUUUUCGCGCCGCCAAGUCAUGGGCUGCCUCUGCCGAGCAGCUUAAGCAUAACUCUGCACUGAUCGCCUAUCAGACCACAUUGAAAUUCCUGGAUGAGCACGUUGCUGUUUUGGCGUCGUCUCCACACCAUUUCGACGUCGUCAGGGAGGCCUCAUCCCUUGCAAUGGACGCAUUUUCAUGCAGUGUUCGUCAUGGUGUUCUGACAACUGCCGUCGAACUGGUGGAACGAGGUCGUGCAGUGUUCUGGACGCAGAUGGUACGCUUCCGCACGCUUUCUGCGUCAGGUGGCGAAGCCCUAGAAAAAGAGUUCAUGCAACUCAGCUUUCGCCUGCGUCACACAUUCAAGGUGCCUACAGAAGACCAGUCCCUACACAUACAACAACUGGCUGUACAAUUGGAUGAUGUCAUCUCACGCAUCCGCAUGCUGCCUGGCCUUUCCCGUUUUCUCCUGCCUCAAUUGUUCUCUGACCUCCAGAGGGCUGCAGAAGGAGGUCCGGUCAUUAUUGUCAAUGCAAGCCAGUACAGCUGUGAUGCCUUGAUAAUCCCGAGUGCCCACGAUCCGGUCCAUGUUUCACUCGAUAUUACACGAGCCGAGGUCUCCGAAUUGUCCUCCGAGUUUCAGUCUCUCACAGAAUGUGUGGGUUCUUCUGAUCAUCAACUUGAAUCAAACAAGAUGAUUGGUGUCCUGCGCACACUCUGGCAUCGCGUCGUCAAUCCUGUAGUUCAGGCUCUCGGGGGGUUAGUGCGCCCUCACUCACGCAUCUGGUGGUGUCCAACCGCUGAGUUCACGCUACUUCCUCUGCAUGCAGCAGGACCCUACGAGGGGAAGAGUCACGAUGGGAAGAAGAAUCAUAAUUUGUCUCACUUUUACAUAUCCUCUUACAUCCCAACUUUGGCGGAACUCAUUCGCGCGAGACAGCAAGUUUCGCGAGAUACGACCGGUCAGCACUUUGUUGCGAUUGGUCAAGCGAACCCGGACGGAGCAAAGCUUCUUCGGUGUGUCGCUACUGAGUUAUCCGUCGUUUCUCAGUGUCUCUCACCUCUCCUGUCCUUCACACCACCUACCUUAUCCUUCACGCAGCUCGCGGACAAUGAUGCGACAGUCCGCGGAGUAUUCGAUGCGUUGAGCCAAAAUCAAUGGCUUCACCUGGCCUGCCAUGGAAUGCCAAAUCGAAAACAACCGUUCGAGUCUUCCUUUGCCAUGCGUGACGGGCCUUUAACAAUCAGGGAGAUCAUGCGAUCUGACUGGCAGAAUCCGGAGUUUGCAUUCUUAUCGGCUUGUCACACCACCGUGGGUGAUGAGUUGAGCCCCGAUGAGGCGAUUCAUCUCGCUGCGGCGAUGCAAUUUUCUGGAUUUCGUAGUGUGAUAGGUUCUAUGUGGUCUGUUGAUGACAACGUUGUAGCCCAGAUUGCCUCUGCUUUCUACAAGAACCUGAUCGAUGGUUCUGGGAGAUUGGAAUGCACACGUGCCGCGGUUGCGUUGCACAAGGCUGUCAAGACAUUGCGCAAGGGAAUUCCACUGGAACAGCGGAUCGUAUUUAUUCACAUAGGUGUCUAG